UCCUAGGUUGAUCAGGAGGAGUCUAUGCAAGAACACCGAUGGGAAAACCCAAGGUCUGAUUCACUGGUAGUCAACAUCAGAUCAAGCCUUUUUUAUCUGGAAUCCCUUCUCGAUCUCAGACACGCUGAUUCAAGGCUUCCAUGGUUCCCCUAGAGCCUGAUGUAGAGGCAAGACAGUGCCAUCACUUUAAAGCUCAACGUUCAAUAUCUACUUGGUUGUCUGAAAGAGGACUUAGCUCCUUAUCUGGAUUUGUGGCUAUCAUCUCCAUCCCUUGUAUCUUUAAAUCGAUACACUAUAUCAUCGCCUGCGUCAACUUCUUGCUGCUUGUGAUAAUCGGCGCCUCUCCCUAUUGGCUUGUGCAUCCUUCUGGGGAAAGGGAAUUUGUAAUGGGAUUUUGGACCUACUGUUUCCAAUACAAAUGUGAUGUUGUUUUUAGGAGUUCUGAGCAUCUGACUAUUGCCCGGAUCCUUUUGGUAGCAGCCAUUUUAAGUUCCUUAACUUCACUGGUCUCAUCCCGGACUAUUCUCAUGCGCUGUGUGCAAAAGAAUAUACGCGAAGGGCUCAUUUCCUUCUUGGCUAACGUCACCACAGGAACCUGUGUGUUGGGCUGUCUUUUGCUUGUGACUAAGAAGCUAAGAUAUAUGACUGAAGAGGAUAAAACUGUCUACCUAUCUCUGUAUACGGAUUUCACUCUGGGUUGCAUCGUCUGUGCCGUGUGUUACGUCUUGGGUAUAUCGAGCCUGUUAUGGUACAGAUACCAGGUCUUUCUAGAUAAAAAGUUGGGUAUUCAAGUAAUUCCAGUUCAGCAAUUAGAAGUAGUACCAUCACUUUUCCAAGUACCGCAGGGAAUAUAUGGAUCAUCAUAGGCAUUCCCUUCUGUGAACUAAGCAUGGGGUCCUGGAACCUGCUUGGGCAAUGGACAUUCUGAGUGGUGAUAUCAGCUAACCAGAAGCCCUGUGUGAUAUUGAGUGGGUCUCACCAUGAGAAUCGGACACACAGAGACACACACUUCCAUCACUGCAACUUGUUCCUUUUGAAAAGUCAUCAUCUGCAAAUACCCUGUUGGAAUAAUUGUACGAUGCCAGCCAUUGAAGUACUGGAUAAUUUAAUCUUUUGUUCUUGCAAUCCUAGACAAUUAAUCUUUCCUGUAAGGAAAGAAGCAAAAUCUUAUGUCAUAUCCGAGACAGCCACCACCUUACAUAUCACUAAAAAGGCAUCUAUUUUCAAAUGUAUCUUUAUUAGUUUGAUGGUUCUCAGCCUGAGGUCUGGCUAUAAAUCUGAACUUAAGACAAUCGUAAAAGCACAUCCUGUGCCUGAAUUUGAACUUCAAAUCUGUGUUGGACUCAUUUUGAUCCAGUGAAUUUUUCUGCAUCACUUGCUGCAACUGCUUUC